AUGGAUCGAGAAGGACCCACAGAGGUCACAUCAGCCCUGCAAGAGGUGCCUGACCUGCGAGUGAGCACCAUAACGCCUGCCAGUGUGCAGCUCUUUCAGGACGUUGGGGCUUGGGACGACAUUGCACCACCGCGUUCUGCUGCAUUCCAACAGAUGCAGGUGUGGGAUGAAGGAGGGAAUGGGUGUGUGCGAUACAGCGCUGGAAAUGUUGGACUUCCCAACAUGGGUUACGUGGCGGAAAACAGAGUCCUUCAAGCAGCGCUGAUGCGCAGGCUGACGCACUUUGAGAAUUCCAGACUGCUAUGGCCGGCAAGUCUGGAGGCGCUCACCCUACCAAGCUACGCUCCAGAAGCUCAUGAAGGCAGGCCCACUUCUUCCUUGCAUCUGUCCGCCGGCAACACUCUAUCAAUUCUUGAAAUGGUGAACUGCCGUCCAAGUACGAACACACUGGCUGAGCUGAGGCUGGCAGAUGGGCAGACAUUUCAUGCGCGGCUGGUCGUUGGGGCUGAUGGCGCUCGGUCACGCACACGCCAGCUAGCAGAUUUGCGAACAUUUUCCCGGAGCUAUCACCAGCGAGGCAUUGUGGCGAGCGUGAGGACGCAGCAGGUUAAUGACACUGCGUGGCAGAGGUUCCUGCCCACUGGGCCCCUGGCUCUGCUGCCUGUGCGCGGCGGCUACAGCAACAUUGUGUGGUCCACCACUGUGCAGCAGGCCCUGGCCCUGGAGAAAGCAACCCCCCAGGAAUUCGCCUUUGCAGUCAACGAGGCGCUGAAUGGGGGAUCCACUCCUGCUCGCAAUCCUCUGCUGCCAUUCAGCAGCGCUGCGGACUUCACAGCCCCUCCCACAGUUUUUCCUGUUGAUGGGACUGUGCAGCGGUCUUUUCCUCUGACCCUUGCUGGUUCUGGAAGGUAUGUGCGGCCCCGGCUGGCGCUGGUGGGCGAUGCAGCGCAUGUUGUGCACCCCUUGGCAGGCCAGGGUGUAAAUUUGGGUUUUGGGGAUGUGCGAGCGCUCUCUGCCGCUCUGGCGCAUGCUGUUGAGACAGGGCGAGACCCUGGAGAACUGGCACUGCUUGAGGAGAUGUAUGAACAGCCACGUCAGCGUGAGAAUGGGAUGAUGAUGAUGGCGCUGGACAGCCUGAAGCACAUUUUUGCACCCCAGAAGGGUCUCCUUGCCAGUAUCAGGGGCCUUGGUCUGGAUCUCAUAAAUGGCACUCCUGCUCUAAAAGAAAGAAUAAUGAAGUAUGCCAUGGGCUGA